AUGGCUGUGAUAUCAAACACCUUGGUUUCAAAGGCCGGCUCCGCCGUGCCCUGGGUGUGCGACAUGGCGCUGCACUGGCUUAUCUUCGUGUUCCAAGCUCCCAGUCCUGGGCUGAGCGCAGGGACGGUGGGCGCCUACCUGCAGGUGAGCGUGCUGACCACCCUGGAGCGGAGGUUCAACCUGCAGAGCGCCGACGUGGGGGUGAUCGCCAGCAGCUUCGAGAUCGGGAACCUGGCGCUCAUCCUCUUCGUCAGCUACUUCGGGGCACGCGGGCACCGGCCGCGCCUCAUCGGCUGCGGGGGCAUCGUCAUGUGGGGCGCCGAGGGCCGCGACGUCUGCGCCGCCAAUGGCACGGCCAGCGACCAGGGGCCCGAUCCUGACCUCAUCUGCCGCAACCGGACCACCACCAACAUGAUGUACCUGCUGCUCAUUGGGGCCCAGGUGCUCCUGGGCAUCGGUGCUACCCCCGUGCAGCCCCUGGGCGUCUCCUACAUCGACGACCACGUGCGGAGGAAAGACUCCUCGCUCUAUAUAGGAAUCCUGUUCACCAUGCUGGUGUUUGGACCUGCCUGCGGCUUCAUCCUGGGCUCCUUCUGUACCAAAAUCUACGUGGACGCUGUGUUCAUCGAUACAAGUAAGAGACACCCCUCGGUCUCCGAGCGCCGUCACAAGCCUCCCCCUUGCCUGGGCCUGGGGACGGAGCGGUCAGCCUGUGGUUCUGAGACCGUCCUAGCUGGGGGCAGCCCUACUGUGUGCACCUGGGUGGUGCCGCUGGCGGCCCGCCUGAGAUCAGAAGGAAGGGGCACGAGUCGGGUUCAGGGGGCCUGGACUCACUUGCAAGAAGCGCCUUGCGGGCAGAGGGCCUGGGAGGUCUGUGCGUGUGACCUUGGCCCCUGCUUCUCCCCCUCAGUGAUCCCCAAGGUCACCAAGCACCUGCUCUCCAACCCCGUGUUCACCUGCAUCGUCCUGGCCGCCUGCAUGGAGAUCGCGGUGGUGGCGGGCUUCGCUGCCUUCCUGGGGAAGUACCUGGAGCAGCAGUUUAACCUCACCACCUCCUCCGCCAACCAGCUGCUCGGGAUGACGGCGAUCCCCUGCGCCUGCCUGGGCAUCUUCCUGGGCGGCCUGCUGGUGAAGAAGCUCAGCCUGUCCGCCCUGGGCGCCAUCCGCAUGGCCAUGCUGGUCAACCUGGUGUCCACGGCCUGCUACGUCUCCUUCCUCUUCCUGGGCUGCGACACGGGCCCGGUGGCCGGGGUCACGGUUCCCUACGGAAACACCUCAGCGCCUGGCGCAGCCCUGGACCCCUACUCGCCCUGCAAUAAAAACUGUGAAUGCCAAACCGACUCCUUCACUCCCGUGUGCGGGGCGGACGGCGUCACCUACCUGUCUGCCUGCUUCGCUGGCUGCAACAGCACGAAUCUCACGGGCUGUGCGUGCCUGACGACCGGCCCGCCUGAGAACGCCACCGUGGUCCCCGGCAAGUGCCCCAGCCCCGGCUGCCAAGAGGCCUUCCUCACCUUCCUGUGCGUGAUGUGUGUCUGCAGCAUGAUCGGGGCGAUGGCCCAGACGCCCUCGGUCAUCAUCCUCAUCAGGACAGUCAGCCCUGAGCUCAAGUCGUACGCGCUGGGAGUCCUCUUCCUGCUCCUCCGCUUGCUGGGCUUCAUCCCCCCUCCUCUCAUCUUCGGGGCCGGCAUCGACUCCACUUGCCUGUUCUGGAGCACGUUCUGCGGGGAGCAGGGCGCCUGCGUCCUCUACGACAACGUGGUCUACCGCCACCUGUACGUCAGCAUCGCCAUCGCGCUCAAGUCCUUCGCCUUCCUGCUCUACACCACCACCUGGCAGUGCCUGCGGAAGAACUACAAACGCUACAUCAAGAACCACGAGGGCGGCCUGAGCACCAGCACCGAGUACCGGGACAUGGAGACCGAGAAAGCCGGCCCCGGGUCCCAGUCGCCUUCGGAAGACUCCUUUGUGAGAAGCUGAGGCCCGGCCCUGUCACUGCAGCCGCAGCCGCCGCCCACAGCCCCACAGACUCUUAGCUCCGCCUGCCCUGGGCCGGGGCCGUGCCCA